UCUGUACCGUUAUAUAAAGUCGAGAACCGGCAAUUCGAAAGCUGAAAAUAAAUUUGAUUGGCUAAAUAGAAACUCUUUCUCCCUGAUUUGUUAUUACGUCUAAACAGUCUUGCAUCAUAAUAAUCAAAAAGCAUGUGAUCACUGUCAUCACAGAAAUUUGUAUUUUAUUUUUUUUAAUGUGGGAUCAACCUACUGAUAUGUUAUGCUUUUUAAAUGUUCGUGUAUCCAUGAGUAAUUCACUUCUGAUUUUAACAAGGUUAGGGGCAAACAUCUAAUGGUGGGUCUCACAAAUAUGAAGAAAAUAUCUGUGGAAAGUGAUAUUUUGUAUUUGAUUCCUGAGCCUAAAAGGCAAAACUUCGCAAAAUCAAAUAUUUUUUUAACAUUUUUAAUUGUUUUGACUUUUGCUGGGUGUUUCGGAUUACUCUCUUGCUGGUAUUGGAGAACAUCUAAUGAGCGUUUCGUCAUUCAUAUUUAUAAGGAGAAUGAAAAGAAUCACGUAACUGCACCGAUCUGUGCAAGUAUAUCUGAUGUGGAUAAAUUUGAUUGUUAUCCUGAUGCACCUGUCACGGAAACUGAGUGUAUACAACGUGGUUGUUGCUAUCAACCUCUGUCUCAGUUAAAUAAAUCUGUCAGUCAUUUUCCACCCUUAGGUACACCGUACUGCUUUUAUCCAGUUAAUUAUAAUGGUUAUAUUAUUACUAAUGUAUCACAAGAUGGGCAGAGAAUCCAAGUCAGAUUGCAAAGAACUUCUUCAUCUGGAUUUCCGAAUGAUAUUAAGAAUCUGCUGCUUGUAAUAACAUUCAUUGAUGAUUCUACUUUGAGAGUAAAGAUUACUGAUCCUAACAAUGCUCGAUUUGAAGUACCUAUACCACUUUAUCAUAAAGUCAAAAAAUUAUCUAAACCUCGUUAUGAGGUAGAUUUAAAUUCUAAAACAGGAAUUUUGACUAUCAGAAGAAAAUCGUCUGGAGUAGCUGUGUUCAAAACUGAUCUUUCUCACCUUGUAUACUCAGAUCAGUUUCUGCAGUUAUCUUCAUACCUUCCAUCUCCAUAUAUUUAUGGUAUUGGUGAACAUUAUGGUUCAUUCCUAAAAAGUGUAAAAUGGACAAGGCUGACAUUAUUUAACUCCGAUCAACCUCCUAUACCAAAUCACAAUUUGUAUGGAUCGCAACCUUUUUAUUUGUCUUUGGAAGCUGCUGGAAAAGCUAAUGGCAUCUUUCUUCUGAAUAGUAAUGCUAUGGAUAUUAUCCUUCAGCCUACUCCUGCAAUCACCUUCCGACCAAUUGGAGGCAUUCUGGAUUUUUUUAUCAUGUUAGGCUCUUCUCCAGAAGAAGUUAUUCAAACAUAUACUGGCAUAAUUGGGAAAACCUUUAUGCCUCCAUAUUGGAGCUUGGGAUUUCAUCUGUGCCGUUUUGGAUAUCAUACUCUCAAUAAAACUAGAGAAACUAUGCAAAGAACAAUUGAUGCUGGUAUUCCUUUAGAUGUUCAGUGGAAUGACAUAGAUUAUAUGGACAGAUACAAAGAUUUCACAUAUGAUAAAGAAGCUUUCAAAGGUUUACCUGAGUUUGUCAAUGAUCUGCAUGACAAAGGAAUGCAUUAUGUGAUAAUGACAGAUCCCGGCAUAAGCAAUUCUGAGAAACCGGGUACGUAUCCACCAUAUGACGAAGGAGUGAAAAAUAAUAUCUUUAUUAAAAAUGCUGAUGGUACUAUUUUUGUUGGAAAGGUUUGGACUGAUGGAUAUACAGUAUUUCCAGAUUUUAGUCACCCUUCUGCAUCUUCUUAUUGGACAAAUCAAUUCAAAAAUUUCUAUAAAGAAGUUGCAUUUGAUGGAGUUUGGAUUGAUAUGAAUGAACCUUCAAAUUUUUUGAAUGGAUCAGUUAAUGGUUGUCCAGAGUCAUCUUUGGAGAAUCCACCUUAUGUUCCUACUGGUGAUUUUCCUUUACGUGUGAAGACUCUCUGUAUGACUGCAAAGCAUUAUUAUACUGUGCAUUAUAAUGAGCAUAACAUAUUAGGCUACAGAGAGGCUGUUGCUACAAAUCAGGCUCUUAAGCAAGUGAGAGGUAAAAGACCAUUCAUCAUAUCACGAGCAACAUUUGCUGGUCAAGGUGUUCACAGUGGACACUGGAGCGGAGAUAUUUCCUCUACCUGGGAAGAUAUGCGCUACACUAUUCCAUCAUUACUGAAUUUUAAUUUGUAUGGAAUUCCUGUGGUUGGUUCAGAUAUAUGUGGAUUCAAUGGGAAUGUUACUGUUGAACUCUGUGCCAGAUGGCAGGCUCUUGGGGCUUUCUAUCCAUUUGCAAGGAAUCACAAUGAAAGGAUUACAAUUGAACAAGAUCCUGUGGCCUUAGGCCCUAUUGUUGUUGCAGCUACUAAAGCAUCAUUACAAGUGCGUUACCAGUUACUGCCUUAUUUAUAUACUCUGCUGUACCGAAGUCAUGUUUUUGGAAAUACAGUAGUAAGGCCUCUGUUUUUUGAGUAUCCAGAUGAUGUCAACACUUUUGAUAUUGAUCAGCAAUUUCUUUGGGGUCCAGCAGUACUGAUAAAUCCUGUUCUCUAUUCAGGCAAAAACACCGUAUCUGCUUAUAUUCCUAAAGGUAUGUGGUAUCAGGGAAAUGGAAGUUCUUUUGAGGGCCAUGGUGAAAGAGUUACAUUCUCGGUACCGAUUUAUAGCAUUAAUAUCAUGCUUAGAGGAGGUUAUGUUGUGCCAACUCAAAUUCCAGCUCAAACUACAACUGCUAGCCGUAAAAAUGCUUUUCUUCUACUGGUAUUUUUGGAUGAAAACAAACAAGCAACUGGUGAAUUAUUUUGGGAUGAUGGGGAUUCUUUAGAUACAUUUGAAAAUGGGAAAUACAACCUUAUUCAGUUUAAAACAAAUAAAAAUGGAUUUAAUAGUACUGUGGUAAAGAAAGGAUAUGAAACUGGAAUGGUAUUGGGUCAAAUUCAGAUUACUGGAAUAGAUUUUUCCCUUGAGAAGGUUACUGUUAAUGGCGUGGAAUGCAUAUCUAGAGAUAUUUUAAAUAAUUCGAACAGUUUGAAUAAUAGUAAUAAUUAUGGAAGAUUUUUGGCGCAAAAUCCUGAACAUUCUGAACAAGAGGAAUUUGCUAAUGUAACUGUUCUAGAUAACUGGAAAUGCCAGUUUAUGUUUUAUAAACCAGAAGGCUUUUUGUUCAUCUCCUUUACAAACUUCAGUUUGCUGAAAUCAUUUGUGAUAGUGUGGAGUUAGUAAUGUGAAAAUUAUCGACUUUUCUUGAUAGAAUGAAAUAAUGAGAAAAUGUAUUUUAUAAUGAAGUUCCUUUAUUAUAAACAUACUUUGUGAGUACUUCUGUAAAUCUAUUUAUCAAUACUUAAAGUGCCUUGAUAAGAUAUUUUUGUGUGUUUGAACUUUUCGUUUGCAGAUAAGAUUCCUUCUUCUUUAAUGUUCAUAUAUUUAUGUUAAAUUUGUAAAAAAUUGUUAAACUUGUGUUAAAUUUGUUCGAUCUAUUUUAUGAACAUAGUUAUUUUCCAUUUUAAAAUUCAAAUGACGUAUAUCAUACUUUAUUAUAGUAUUAUAGGAUUAUUUAAGUAUUGUUAUCUCAAAUUUUAUAGCUAUUAAUAUUGAGAAAAAUUAAUUGAGGUUAAUAAAUGCAAAUUUUUUAACUAUUAUAAUUUUAUGGAUGAA